AUGGAUGAACUUUACAAGGCUAAUCAGUCGUGGCCAAACAUUUAUUCAAAUGAUUUACAUCAUGAAAUGUUCUUCCGCGCAAACGACCGUUUUGACUCGUCCUAUAAAAGCAAUCUUGUCGUCUACAGCAGUGGAGAGGUAAACUGGAUCCCUCCAGGAAUCUUCAGAAUCACUUGUAAAAUGGAUAUCACGAUGUUCCCAUUUGAUGAGCAGAGCAAAACUCGACUUAGCUGA